AUGGCCGAGUCAGACGUGGACUCGAAGCCACAACAGCAACCACAACAAGCCCAAGGCGGGCUGUCGCGAUGGGUGCCCAGCUUACCGACCAACUUCAUGAGCAUGCUCACGGGCGAUGACGAGACCAAGACGAAUAGCAACAAAGAUACAUCACCUAAUCAUUCGAACAAAAACAAAUCGUUCCUGUCGAGUCUCCUAGCCAAUGCAUCCUCCGACGAUCCGCCCUCUCCCGAGAAGGACGACGCAUCUAUAAUGUUCGCCGAACCCGAUGCGAGCAACAGCGAGGAUGCAUCCCGAGAAGGCAGCAUUGAUGAGUCGGGAAGGCGACGUUCCAGGCGUAUAAACAGGCCGAAGACAUGCUACAGUAUAUGCCAUCCAGCGCCGACCUCCUCGAACCGACGAAAAUUGCAUCGACGACCACGAUCGCUUUUACAAUUGCACAAACUGUCCCAAGAUGCACGACCAAAGCCUGCGUACGAGGUUGUGCCUUCGGCCAACUUCAGCGUCCGACUGACUCGAGCUAUCACCAAGGUGUUCAAGACCAAGCAUGGAUUGUGUCCCAACGACCUGGUGGUGAUGAGAGCGGAGAAAUACUGUGCCUACGAACCAGACGAGGAUCAAGAGGCCAGCGACAUUGUUGCGCUGAUCUGCAAAGGUCGCAAAGAAGAGGGAGGCGCGGUCGGGAAAGCACGGAUAUGCCUACCAGGGGGCCGCGAGUGGGAAGCAUACCCGACACCUGUUGGAGGAUACGAAUUCUUCAGCACCGAUGAACAUGGGCUUGGCUUGACGGUCAGAUGGGUGCCAAAGCGCAACAAAGAUGGCGGCAAGGCGUCGGACUCGAGCAGGAAGAGGUUCAACUUCAGUACCAUUUCGCCAAACAGCCGGAAACAUCCCGUGAUCGCGACUCUGAGCAAGAGACAACUGGACGUCAACGACACCUACAAGAUGCCAAAUCCAUCAGCUGUAACCCCAUUGAGCACUCCUAAGCAAGCUUCUAGGUUCCUGACAGACGCAAUGGACGAAGAGCACGACGAAAUGGAGCACUGCCAGACCGACGACCGCCUGCGCACCAUCAUCGUCAUGACAGGUCUAUGGGUGGCAUUCAAAGAAGACUGGUCUCCCAACUUCAAAUACGACGACAAGGAGAAAGACGCAUCCGCUCUGAACCGCUCGCCAAGCAUGCAAAACUCCCCUUCCAAAUCCGCGACCUUCUCCUCCCCUGCCUCCACACCCCCCGCCUCCCCACAACAGAAACCGCAGCUCGAGAAGCGCAGCUCGAUCAAGAGUGUUGGCUCAAACAUGUUCCGCACCUCCAGCCUCAUGCGCAAAUCGAACCGCGGCUCUACCGUUUCGGUCCCUGAAACUGAGGGAGAACCCUCCGAGUACUUCGAGACGGCCCGCAAAACCGGUCGCGUUCGCGCGGAUUCGGCUUCGACGGUGCUCGUGCAUCGUGCGGCGAGUAAUAGAGCGAAGCACCAUCAAGCGACCUGGCGACCGGACCUGCUGGAUUCGCAGCGCGAGAUGAGUGAGCCGCCUAGUGAGGACGGUUCGAGGAAUAGCUCGCAUGUCAUUGCGCCGUUCGAAGGCGCGGUGACGCAGCGGAGACAGUCUGUUGCUCGGCCGCUUCUGCCGCAGGUCAAUGAUAGUGAUGGAGCGAACAGCACCGUGGCCACGCCGCGCAACAAAGGCGGGAGAGCUUCAGGCGCUUCGAGUCCCGAGAAGAGGGAGAGUAGUACCACGACUGCUACGACUUCGACUGUAGGCAGCGAGGCGGCCAGGAAACCUGCCAAUCGUCACGCCCAAGUAUCGCCAAAGAAGGCCAAGGGUUGGAGGAGGUUGCUUUGUGGGAGCAGCAGCGCGGAUGACCACUGA